ACUUGUUAACAACUCCCGGGUCGGUAUUAGAAAAAAUUGGCGGUUUGCGUGGUUGCUGUUGCGUUUUCGUCUUCCUGACUAACAACAGUGUUUAGCUUAUAGUUUAACAAAUGUGAAUUCAAACGUAACGAAACUAGACCUACCCUUAUAACACUUGUAACUGUUCCCCGCCGGUGCUUUUAUUUUGAUAACAGUUUGUUAAAUGUAUGUUGACAAACUCAAAACAAGUUCGAAAGCUAAGUUAGCUAACAGUCAACUUUGUAGCUACCAGCUAAAGCUAGCUGGCUAGCUGUUUAAUAUUAACCGUUAGCCAGGCUGGCUUUUUGACCAGUCGCCACCGGACACUCUCACACUGCUUCUUCCAUCUCGGAAUAAUGGCGAACCCGGCAUUGUUGCAGAAAAAGAAUGGCAAAUAUCUGUGGUUUGCUCUUCUCGGGCUCGGAUUUCAACCAGACGCUGCAACGUCGUCAAUCGCCGGCAAAACCAACAUGAACGUUAAACACAUUAACCUGGGACCGAAUAUGUUUGACAAACCGAACAAGGAUGCGUUCUACAUAGUAAUUCAUUUCCUGUUGGAUAAACUCAACCCUACGCGAUUUAAUGAGGCAUACAGGUACUGCUGGCCUGUUUUGAACCACAAAGCAGAUGCUGAGUUCCGCAAAGUUACCUGCGCUUGGCUGAAAGAAAUAAUGGAUGAAACUGCAAAUGCAGGAUCCAAAGUGGUAGCGUCCUUGUUCCUCUCACCGGGAGGACCCAAGUUUAUCAGCUUGAUGCUUCAUUUGGCCAAUCAUGUCAUGCUGCAGGAAAUGAAGACAUUCACCACAGAUGACAGCUGGGUUCCUGAGGCUGCAGCGAUGCCCGCUUCCUCCCUGGACAUGGCAGUGAAGAGACUCAACCUGAUCAAUAACAGGUUUUUGAAUGCUGCAGUGGAUCAGGAUCGUUUUCUCCAUGAUUACCAGAGACGAGCCCAGCUCCUGGUGAAGUCUAUGAGGGACAUCAGAGCAGAGGGUGCCAAGUAUGAUGAGCUACUCAAGCAUCACAGCAGUGAUUCUACACAGGAGGGAACUUCUGCAGCUGAGAAGACCAAAAGGGUGCGCUCCUUGUGGUCGGCCAUUGAUAGAAUGCUGUCAGCUACCAAAGAGGACCAGCAUGCAGUGGAAAGUGUUUUGAAAGGGGAUGUAGAUCAAUACAUCCUGGACGGGACUGAUCGAGUCCUCAAAAUUCCUCGGUGUCUCCUGGAGAGAAUUGAACAGCUCCCGCAUCAGUUGAGUUCAGGGAACGUGUAUGAGGCCGGCCAGCUGAACCUCCUGUGUGUGCUGGAGCUGACGAACCACGCGCUGCAGCUCCUGAAGGAGGAGCGUUGUCAUGUGUCUCAUGCCCCCAAGCCCCAGCUCAGUCCUCAGCACCUGCAGGAGAAAUGUCAGCAGAUGGCCCGUGUGCUGCAGGACCUCCACCUCAUCAGAGAGAAGAUUUCCAAGGAGGGAAUUCCUGAGGUCAGGAGUACCAUCAGAGAGUUGGAGGCUGCGUGGGACAGGAAGUGGAUGGACACCCUGAAAGACACUCCCCUAGUCUCUUUCCUGAAUGAAGAUCCUGCUCUUGGCUUCCUCUCACCAAUGGCUCCACUGUCUUUUGAACCGGUGGGUGACGCUAGUUACAUAAGUAGUGUCUUCUCCCAGUACCCUGCAACACUUGUUGAGAAGCCUGCAGAAAGUAAACCGCAGAAAAACGUCCACCCUAGUUCUUCUAACCCGAAGAGCUUUUGCCCCGCAACAGCUGAGAGGACUGAAAGUCCUGUUGUCACUACUGAAGCGUCAUCACAAGUGAAUACCUCUCUCGACUGGCUUUUCGACACGCCCCUAUCCCCUCCUCUGAGGGCUCCAUCAGCACCACCACCUCAGGUCAGUAUGAGGAAGACGGCUCGUGUCCGUCGGAAGGUGUCUCCCAUGAGGACCAAGAAUCAGAUAUUGGCCAUGGAAUGUGAUAACCUUGCUGAUCAGUUUGCAGAUGCUGUAACUACAGCCAGUCCCACAGAAGGCAGGGUCAAAGGUCUGGACUUGGAGGGCCUUCUCAGCACUCUUCAUGGAGAUCCCUUCUCAACUAAAAAGCAGCUGCCACGUACACCUGAGAGCUUGAUUAUGGAUGUGAAGAGCUCCUGGCGCAAGGCACUUGAGGAAGACAAGGCUGAGAAAAUCGGGCGGUCUGCCAAGUUGAACGACAGUGUAACAGGGCGGCUCACUCCCCUCUAUGAGCCUCACAACGUGUGGCUGAGCCCACAUGCUCCCUCCCAGAGCGUCAUCUCCAGUGUCCCCCCUACUGUCACCAGCCACAACAGCCCCCCUGUCAGCCAGCAGGGGGUCUUAAUCAAAUCCUCUCUGUCGUGGGACACCUUCAACACCGAGGCCCCUGACAGCCCGAGUGGCACAGGCAGCAGUGCGAUCCAGUUCAGCCUCGACCAUGAAACUCUGCCUGAAAUGCCGAGCUGCGACAGUCUGCUGAGCCUUGACGAUGAAGCGGUAGAUAUGAACAGUGAGGAUGACGAUGAGCUCCUCAUCCCCUCCCUGAAGACUGAGGUGACGCAAUCGCCACUAACCACACUUCAUUAUCUGGGUCAGAUCCAGCAGGCGUGCAAUGAGGGUUCCUUCAUGGAAAGCAGAAAGAGGACACCUGAGUGUCUUCUGUCGGAUCACAUGGUUUCUGGUUUGGACAGAGACUGGCUAAUGGAGCCUGCAAAGUCAUUGGAAGCCACAGACAAGGUCUUCUCACUGGACCUAGACACACUGGAGACACCUUCUCCGCCGAAGAAGCAGGAGUACAGCCUCCCAAAACUGAUCACAUUCUCCCCGAUAGAUGAUAUGAAGUGUUAACUACGUUCAUAUAGAAACCGCUUGUUAGCCUUGACUAUCUUAAAAUGUCUGCCAUGAAUUUUAACAGACAUGUAACAAAUAUUUGUACAUAGCUUUGAAAUAACCUACUUCUGUCUCACUAAACUAGUUUCUGUGCAUAAGUUUUUCUUAAGACAUGAACUCCUUCAAUAAAAUUUUAAAAUAUGGUGAACUUCCUUUUACUUGGGUGUGCAUAAGUAGGAUUGCUAACUUGCUAAGUGUUUCGCCUGUGUAGGAAAGCAACAUGUUUUCAAUCGGUUAUCCAUUAAAAUGUUGAGUCCACUGUAUUCAUGAAAAGCUAGUGUGCCUCUUCCCUUUAACACUGACUUUGCACUAGUAGCAUGGUUUCUGACCAUACAAUGUAUUUACAGGAUGUAAAAUUGCUUUUGUAGUUGUGUGUCCACAAAUAUGAGGAACCAAAGUCUAUCAGAUUGACAGAAGUAGAAUUUCUUGAAUGUUUAUCAUUUGAAAAUUAAAAACUAAAUGCACACACUUGAA